AUGACAACCGCUCUUCCUUCCCUCUCCUCCCGCGAGGCGAUUGCCGAUGCCCUUCACCGCGCCGUACUCGCAUUCGAUACAGCCGACUCCGCGCUUCUCGAGUCCUCCCUUGUGCCUGAUGCUGUUUUCGAUCUGGACGGGUACCUGAUGAAUGGUCUGGAUGAGAUUUCUCGUCAGUGCUACGACAAGAUCUCGAAAUUGGACACGACGCACUUCGUCAGCAAUGUCCGGAUCAACGUCGUGGACGGGGCGCCUGUGGCAUCGAUGACGGCUUCGGUGCUUUCACAGCAUUAUCGACCCGGUACUGGGAAGGUACCGGGUGCGGAAUAUUACAUGGCUGGCUCCCUGUAUUCCAUCGAUGUGGUAAGGGACGAUAGCGAGGGAUUGUGGAAGAUCAAGCGCUGGAACAUGAAGAUCAUCUGGACGAUGGGAGAGGCUAGUGUGAUUGAGUGA